UUUAUUCAGAACAAUAUAUCCAGAGUCUCCAGAGAAUUCAGGAUUUGGAAUAUGAGAAUUUCUUUCUUAGGAUAUCUAAUACACAAAGUUCUGCUUCCGUGUACAGAUUUGUGAGAGCACAUGGAGACUUCCAACUAUGGGAAAUCGAAGAGGAUACCGAUAUAAACCCACUAAGAGGGGCUGGCGACGACGUAUUUAUUAACAACCAUGAUCCUCCCGCUCAAGGAUCAAGUGAAGUUGAUGUAACCCAACCAUUUUGUAAGGAUGUUGUGAGUGAAAUCAAUGAAAUCUUAAAUGGGAUGCGAUUAAGUAAUUUACUUGUGUUGGGAGACGGUGGCGGUCGGGUGAGAGAUAAUGUUUUCCCUGAUAUCAUAAUUGGCCGUUCCGAUUUCUACAAAGAAUUGACAGAAAACCCACCUGAUUUAUCAAAGGGUUUGGGUUGGGAAGUCAAGAAUGAUUUAAGUAAUGGUUCAAAAGUAACCGAAGGGAAAGGUCAACUAAUAAAAUAUGCCAGGGCAUACCUUACAGCGAAUCCACCUCUAACAAACGUUUUUUAUGGAUGUUUAACGGAUGGGAAGCUUUGGUUAUUUGUGAAAAUCCAAUUUGUAUUAGAUAAUCCUAAUAACCCAAUAGUGAAGUUUGAGGAAAGUCAGACUUAUGAAUGGAGUAGAAAGACAGCCUCAUUUAUCACCGGCAUAAUUGAGCGUUAUCAUAAAGACCUGUCUAUGAGAGCUUCUGGCGAAAAAAAAGAAUCUCAAAAUAACGAUGAAACGUAUAUGUAUAGGAAUAAGUCAUCAAUUUCUACUGAAAGCCUCUUGGCUUCUUUCAUCAAAGAGGGUAUCUAUAUCAGAUUACACUCUGGAAAUCGCAUCCAUGUGCAGAUUACUUCUCACCUUGGAAAUGGAAGAGAGUGUAUAGUUUUUUUGGCACAAGUACAUGAUUAUGGAAUAAAGGAUGCUGUUUUGAAG